UUGUCAAAUGCCUUACUACUCGAUUCUCAUGAAUUCAACUAGGCCCCUCAUGCUUAAGACUGAAUUUAACAAGACGGAGGAGGCGGCAGCUUGGACUAUCAGGGAUCGGCGGCUUUGACAAGGAGGAGGCGGCAGCUUGGCCUAGGAGGAAUCGGCGGCUUUGACUAGGAGGAGGCGGCAGCUUGGACUAGGAGGAAUCGGCGGCUUUGACUAGGAGGAGGCGGCAGCUUGGACUAGAAGGAAUCGGCGGCUUCGACUAGGAGGAGGCGGCAGCUUCGACUAGGAGGAGGCGGCAGCUUGGACUAGGAGGUAACGGCGGCUUUGACUAGGAGGAGGCGGCAGCUUGGACUAGGAGAAAACGGAGGCGGCUUCAACUUUGAAGCUGAUACUUUGACUCAGCGGGGUGGGCAUGUUAAACUUAUGCCGCUCUAUACGAUUACUGUGGUAGCGGAUGAACCAGCUUCGAAGAGGCUGCUUUGACAUGGAGGCGAUGGCAGCAUCAAUUAGGAAUUGGCUACUUUAAGAAAGAGGAGCUGGCAGUUUUGACUAGAAGAUGGAUACUUUGACUUGGCGCGUCAGUCUGCUUGGCGAGAUUAACAGAGGGGCGUCGUAUUCUUGUACAUGCCCCUCAUGCUUAAGACUGAAUUUAACAAGACGGAGGAGGCGGCAGCUUGGACUAUCAGGGAUCGGCGGCUUUGACAAGGAGGAGGCGGCAGCUUGGCCUAGGAGGAAUCGGCGGCUUUGACUAGGAGGAGGCGGCAGCUUGGACUAGGAGGAAUCGGCGGCUUUGACUAGGAGGAGGCGGCAGCUUGGACUAGAAGGAAUCGGCGGCUUCGACUAGGAGGAGGCGGCAGCUUCGACUAGGAGGAGGCGGCAGCUUGGACUAGGAGGUAACGGCGGCUUUGACUAGGAGGAGGCGGCAGCUUGGACUAGGAGAAAACGGAGGCGGCUUCAACUUUGAAGCUGAUACUUUGACUCAGCGGGGUGGGCAUGUUAAACUUAUGCCGCUCUAUACGAUUACUGUGGUAGCGGAUGAACCAGCUUCGAAGAGGCUGCUUUGACAUGGAGGCGAUGGCAGCAUCAAUUAGGAAUUGGCUACUUUAAGAAAGAGGAGCUGGCAGUUUUGACUAGAAGAUGGAUACUUUGACUUGGCGCGUCAGUCUGCUUGGCGAGAUUAACAGAGGGGCGUCGUAUUCUUGUACAUGCCCCCCAUACUGGCCUUCCGUCAGGAGGAAUUAGCACCUCAAAUAGCGAAAGAUUCGAGUGGUUUUAUUAAAAACGAGACAAUAUUUUCGAAUGUAUCAAUGGAGCAAACUGCGGCAAUCGUUGCUAUCAAAUUCGUUUUAUUCAACUCAACUUAUGCGUCGCCCGGUGAGGAAUGCGGCUGUGUGCGUCUGGGCAAAUGCAAAUGGUUUAAUGUGGCCAAGGGCUGGGGCUUUCUAACGCCCAACGAUGGCGGUCAGGAGGUUUUCGUGCAUCAGAGCGUCAUACAAAUGGCCGGAUUUCGUUCGCUGGGCGAGCAGGAGGAGGUGGAGUUCGAGUGCCAGCGCACGGCACGUGGCCUGGAGGCGACACGUGUCUCGGGACGGCAGGGCGAUGAUUGUCACGGCAGCACCUAUCGGCCGCGCAUCAAUAGAAAAACUCGCCGCAUGCGCUGCUACAAUUGCGGCGAAUUCGCCAAUCAUAUUGCAUCGGAGUGCGCGAUAGGGCCGCAGCCGAAGCGCUGCCAUCGCUGCCGCAGCGAGGACCAUCUGCAUGCCGAUUGCCCGCAUCGCAGCGCCGCUGUGACACGAACCAGCAGGCGCAGCAAAAGCAUUGCCAGCGACGAGGCAGCCGAGGCUAACUCUGCGGCAGAAGCUGCAGCUCCCUAGCGCAACGGCUGGGGUACAUUUGAAGUUUAAAACUUGUAAAAUACACCUAAAACAACGUACAAAACGCAUCAAAUCAAAGAAAUACCUCACGUACAACCCACAGCAGCGUAUAAGUGCAGUCAUUUUCGUAUGCGAAACUAGAUAUUAAACAGUUUUUGGGGCGCCACAAGGUAGGCGGUGCAAGCGCCUAAACUAUAG